AUGGGUGCUGCUUAUCACAUCUUUGGUAAAACCGUUCAACCACAUCAAUUAGCCCUCGCCACGUUGGGUUCAGUAGUAUUAUUAGUCAUUCCAAAACCAUGGACCGUUAAACCUGCUCACCCUUCAAUCAAUGCUUCAUCACCAGAAGAAGACAAAUUUGUUAAGGAAUGGUUAGCUAAACACGAUGUUGCGGUAUGA